AUGAUGCUUGCUUUACAACAAUCUAACAUUCCAGUCAUUGUCCAAUCUAAUUCAGGUGAAGCUUUGUCUACUCUUACAAGAGAUGGACUAGUUCAUUCUGCCUAUGGACAUUUGGUGGCUGAAAUUAAGGAGUUGAUGAAAGACCGGGAGUUUAUUCCCCGGAAAUUAUCUAGGGAUCAAAAUAGAGUUGCCGAUAGUUUGGCAAAUUAUAGUCGUUUAGAGUGCACCACGGCUGUGUGGUUGCACCUAGGUCCACAAUGUAUUGAGGAUCUUUUGCCUCUCGACUGUAACUCUCUCAUUAUGGAAUAA